AUGCGUGCUUCGUAUCACGUGUAUAAAGAACCAUUGGCCGAUGGUGCGAAGGCUAGACCGACCAAUCAUCCACAUGCGGGUAAUAGUAGCAUAUCAGUCCUUGAGAUAUGCAACAAAAUGCGGAAAAGCUUCAUCACAAUAUGCAACAUAUCGCUGGAAAAUGAUAUUUAUCACAUGGAGGAGUGGUUAUUGGGUCCGGAAGCAGGAGUGAGCUUAUAA